GGAAAAACAAAACAAAACAAAAAAAACUAAUUUUCCAUUGAUAAAAUAAUGAAAAACGAAGGGAAAAACCUUGCUCCCGGCGUCACCGGCUUUGUAGUCCAAGGUCCAACUACCCGAGUCCCAACUCCAAAAAAAGUUACUGAGUUGUGCUGAUAAUGGAAGAAACGCAGCAGAGCAUAUACAAAGCAUCAAGAAGCAUUAAGAAAAAAGACAAUUCUUUGUACAAUGCUUUAGUUUCAAUCUAUCAUGACUCCAUUUUUGUUGGAGAGAUUUCUCAAUUAUGGCCUCAUCUUCCUCUAGUUGCUAAUCUUCGUUGCGGCCUCUGGUAUUCACCUCGAUUCCAUGGCGGCACUUGCUACUUCAAAUCCACCGAUGGACAUACCAAUAAUUGUUCCUUCAAUACCUCUCGCCUCAAUCUCCAUCUCGCACUUCUUGCUGCCAAGAAAGGUGGGUGUAUAAUUGUUGAUUCAACUCGGAAAGGGAAGCGAUUUCCAGAUAGCAUGUCAAAGACAAUACCUGUUUGGACAUGUGUAUUAAAUCGUGCUAUUCAGCGGUACCGCAACAUACAUGAAAAUGGGUUUGUCAAACAAAUGAAUGAAAAUUUAUCUCAUGCAAAUGGGAAAGGGGAUGAAGAAGCUUUAAUUGAUUGGGAUUGUUCAUUACAUUUACCUCUAUGGGUUUCUAAGACAGAGAAGGCUUCUAUUGAAAAGCGCCUCGACAAUUUUACUGCACUGUUGGAAGAGAGUGGUGCUGAUAUCGCUUCACUUGCAGCAUCCUUAAGAAAACCUCUACGCCCUUUAUGGAUUUCACAAAAAUCUGUCAUCUGGUUAAAUGAGGUACCUGAUCAUGAUUCCUGGGAUUUUACACCACUUAUACUUGUUUCUGCAUCAUCCUCGAAUGGUUUUCUUCAACAAAGGAUAAACUCUGAGUUCAGCUGGAACUAUAUUCCUGGGGCAGGAGAUGAUGAAGAAAGUUGGGCUAGGGGUCUAACACCGCUUCUGUUCUGGAAUCACGUGUAUGAUCUCAUACAUUGCGGGCCUGAUUUGUGUAACCAGAAAGUUUCUGAAAUUGUUGAAAAGGACAGAGUAUUUCGGGCACAAAGAGGACUGGAUGCUCCUCAGAUUUUGGUGAAGUCUCAAAAAUCUUCUGAGAGCAAUGGACAUCAGGAGUUUCCAUUGCACUGUGAGUUUGAAAAUCUAAAAGUUGGUGAAAGUCCUUCAGCAAAAGGAGAUACCGCAAUAUGUUGGUUGAGUUCGACAAAGAUCGCUGUUGGCACUACUGAACUUGCUGCGACUAAACCAGAUGUUGAUUGUAUACUGAACUGUGGCAAGGAUCUGCUCACUGUCGAUCAUCCAUAUGCUUAUCUGCAUCUCCCUACAGUGAGCUCAAAGUUUGACAGGUUUUCGUUGCUAAAUAAUCUUCCUUCAGCUUUGAAGUUUGCUAGGUCAAAUCUAACCAAAGGAAAAUCCCUUUUAGUUUGUUGCCAUGAUGGAGAAGACAUCAGUGUAUGUGUUUGCCUAGCAGUCUUAAUCUCAUUGUUUAGUGAAGACGGAUCUUUUGAUGAUGGGAAGUCUUUUAAAGAUACAGAAAUUACUAAGCAGGAAAUGAGGAGACGACUCGUGUUUAUAUGUAAAUUUUCUACAAACGCGCGGCCAUCCAGAGGGAAUUUGAGGCAAGUGUUUGGUUUUCUUACUAGUGGAACAAGCUCAAAUUGUAUUGAAGAAUCUUCAUGAAUUUUAAUACGGCAAAUGUUGUAUGGUGACCUGAAUAUUUUAUCGCGAUAGUUACAGAAGAUUAGUUUUAGUUCGUUUACUGUUAUGUCAAGACAUCAAUUUUCAGUCAUCAUCGUGUUUAGGGUAUUGAGCAUUAUCAUUCCGGAA